AUGGACCUUGAGGGAACUUCAUCAGGGAUAAUACAAAAAGAAACCUGGCAAGGCAGGGUUGUUUACAGCCAGAGUCAAAAAGACAUCCUCCAAAAAUUGUUUCAACACAGCCCUUACCCUGAUAAAGCUACCAGGGAAAAACUGGCCAAGGAAAUUGGCAUUGCAGAGUCUAAAAUUCAGAUUUGGUUUAAAAACCACAGAGCAAAACAGAGACAAUUGGGAUCCGGAUGCUCCUUAGGAGAAGAUCAAACCCAGGGACAGGACCAGACUCAGCCACGGAUUCAAGACUACUUACCAAAAGAAGCCAGACGAGACCAGACAUCCCUCACAAGAUCUCAAUCAGACAUCCUAGUUGGAGCCUUUGAGAGGAACCGAUUCCCUGACAUUGUAGCCAGGAAAAAACUGGCUAAACAAACAGGCAUUCGGGAAUCAAGAAUUAAAAUGUGGUAUCAGAACCGAAGAUCUCUGUACCCUGGGCAGAGCAGAAGUGAGCCCAUGAAUCCCUUGGCAGAUGGCCCAAAUGAGAGACCAGAUCUGACAGUUCAGCAGCACCAAAUUGACCUGUCCACUCUCCCAAGCAGGUCUUAUCAUUUUCCUUCCUCCAAUUCUUUCAGCGGGAACAAAACAUUUCUACUUGCUCUUCUUCCAUCACAUGUGUCUUUUGUCCCUGAUGUGAUCCAAGGACAAAAUAUCAUGAGAACACAGCCUACACAGGCUGUGCAGGGAGGAGAGAAUGCUUCCUCUACUUUGACACUUACAAAUUAUGUCCCAAUACCCCUGACUUUGGGAGGAGACCUCUUGGAUACUCAGAAUCCUUUCUGGCCCCAAUACCAAGAAAAAUGCCAGGAUCACAAAGAACAGACGGACACAGGAGUACUACAGUUGAAGGACAAUUCUCAGCCUAAUUCUGAGCACAAAAAACAGCCACCACAGGAUCUGGGUCAGGUGGACAUAUCUUACAUUAUGCAAUGGUGGGAUGAGGGCUACCAGGCUCUGCUUGCAGAAUGGGAUCCUCAAAAAGGAACAGACUGA